GUAUUUAAAAUAAUUAAAAAAAAUCUUCCUGAUAUCAGAAAUAUUUUUUUUCUGCUGAGAUUUUGGGGAAGCAAGCGUUCAACUGCUUCAUUUAGAAUGACGUAUUCGUGUUGCUGAAUGGUCAUGAACGCAAUCCUGAAUAGUCAGAUCAGAGUGAGAGUCAGAUGCUCUGGGCGGUGUUUAAUUCUGGAUCGACGAGAUCGAGCGUCACCAUUCAUGCCACUUCCUGCGGUUUUGUGUCACCUGUCAAAAUGGACAUCUUGAUAUUUGUCCGUGUGCAUAUUUCGUGGUUAUUUGCGGAGGAGUAGUGCUAUUGCUCUCCUCUGUUUCCAGUCUGUCUCAGCGAGGGUGUCUUGAGCGAUUGGCUGGGCAUUAAAACAAGCAAUGUCUCAAUGCCUCGACCAAUAUGAGCGUGAAGGCCUUCGAGCUCAUCCCGGCUGUGGAGCGGGACCUCCUCAUGGGCGACAAGGCUCGCAUCAACAUUGAAUGUAUAGAAUGUUGUGGGAAACACUUGUAUGUGGGAACCAACGAUUGCUUCAUCCACCACUUCCUGCUCGACGAGCUCACUUCCGCCAAAGGGAGACUGACUUAUGCGGCUCAGAAACUACUGCACAAAUACAUGGGCCUUAAGAAGCCAGUGGCAGAGCUGCGGGCUGCCUCUGCUUUGGAGCGUCUCAUAGUCCUUUGCGAUGGAAUAGUUUUUCUUGUGGACAUGGUGACGCUGGAAAAUGUGCCGUCAACGUCAGGAGGCGGUGCCAGGGUUAGAGGUGUGACGACAUUCUGCAUUAAUGAGAAUCCGGUGAACGGUGAUCCAUUCUGCGUGGAAAUGGGUGUCCUUUCCUUGAAGCGUAGGACAGUGCAAAUUUACAUGGUUUAUGAGGACAGGGUACAGCUGGUCAAAGAGGUGAGCACGCCGGAGCAACCCUGUGCUGUCAGUCUCGAUGGUUACUUCCUGUGCCUGGCGUUGGCGACGCAGUACAUGAUCCUAAACUACAACACAGAAGCUGCACAAGAUCUUUUCCCUUACAACAGUGAGGAGCGGAGGCCCAUUGUAAAAAGGAUUGCUCGGGAGGAGUUCCUCUUGGCGGCACCGGGUGGUCUUGGCAUGUUUGCUAACGCGGAAGGGGCUUCUCAACGGGCCCCCGUCAACUGGUCCGAGAGUGUCAUUGGUGCGGCUGUGUGCUUCCCAUAUGUGGUGGCCUUGGAUGAGAGCUUCAUCACCAUCCACAGCAUGUUGGAUCAGCAGCUGAAGCAGACACUUUCAUUCAGGGAUGGCCGCAUUUUGCAAGACUUUGAAGGAAAGGUCAUUGUGGCGUCCACUAAAGCUGUGUACGUUAUGGUGCCCUUGCCGCUGGAGAGACAAAUCCAGGACUUACUGGCCAGCCACAGAGUGGAGGAGGCACUUGUCCUAACAGAGGGGGCACAAAGAAGUAUUCCCAAAGAAAAGUUCAUGGUUUUGUACAAAAGAAUCCUGCAGCAGGCAGGCUUCAUACAGUUUGGCCAACUUCAGUUUGUAGAAGCAAAAGAACAUUUCAGGAAAGGUCAGCUGGAUGUGCGUGAGCUGAUUUCUCUCUACCCGCUGCUCCUGCCAGCUUCUUCUUCCUUCACACGCUGCCACCCUCCUCUCCAUGAGUUUGCAGAUCUCAACCACCUGGCACAGGGUGAUCAGGAAAAAGUCUUGAAAUGCAAGAGAUUCCUAAUCACUUAUUUGACAGAGGUCCGAAGCACAGAAGUCGUUAACGGUUGCAGAGAGGAUGUGGACACGGCAUUGUUAAAGUUGUACGCUGAACAGAAUCACGAGAGCCUUCUCGACCUGCUAGCAUCAGACAACGCCUGCAUGCUCGCAGACUGUGUUCCCUGGCUGGAGAAAUAUCAAAAAUAUUUUGCACUUGGGCUGCUUUACCAUUGUAAUGGUCAGGAUCCGGCAGCACUUCAGAUGUGGAUUCGGGUUGCAGACAGGGAACUGCAGGACUCUACAAGACCUGAUCUCUUUGAGUAUAUUGUAGAUUUUCUCAGCUCCACUGCCGAUGUGGACCUUGUGUGGAAGUUUGCAACCUGGGCCCUACACAAGAAUCCCACUACAGCUGUCCACAUCUUCACUAAGAGGUCUGUUGGCAAAGCCCAGUCAGACAUGAAUCCCGAGGAUGUCAUUACAUACCUGGAAAGGCACAGGGAGGCUCUUCUUCUCUACUUGGAACACCUGGUGCAUGAACGACGGAUUCAGGAGGAGCAAUUCCACACGCAUUUGGCAGUCCUGUACUUGGAGAGGGUCUUCUCUUUACUGUCAGAGUCUCCGACCAAUGAAGAGCAGCUCAGCAGAUCCAGAGAGAAGCUCCAAGGUCUACUCAGGGAGUCCAAUUUGUACCGAGUUCAGUUUCUUUUAGGUAAGAUGGAAAACUGCGAGCAACUGCUGCUGGAGCGUGCAACUCUGUAUGGAAAAUUGGAGGACCAUGAUAAAGCGCUGCAUAUUUUAGUGCACAAGCUGAGAGACUUCCAAUCUGCUGAAGCCUUUUGUAUUUGGACCUCGUCUUGUCGGGAUUCUGCUUACAAACAGCAGCUGUUCCACCUCCUCCUGGGGAUGUAUCUUGACAAAAGCGCCACCGGGAAAUCCCAGUCAGCAGUGUGCGACGACAGCGGCAAUCUAGAAAUGGCAGCGGUUGACCUCCUGAAUCGUCACGGAGAGUUGUUUGAUCCUGUCCGGGUGCUGAGGACACUGCCGGAAGGCUGGUCGCUGCAGCUACUCCGGCCUUUUCUGGGUCGAGCCAUCAGGGCUAGUAUGCAUGCCUCCCGCACGUCCCAGAUUGCUCUCGGGCUUGCCCACUCGGAACAUCUUCAACUACUGCACGAUAAGUUGAAAGAGACAAAGAAGCCAAUUGCUGUGUCGACAAAGAAGGGAUGCCACUUAUGCCACAACACCUUCAGUGACCCCGAAGUGGUGUGUCUGCCGGGCGGCGUGCCUGUCCAUACACACUGUGCCGCCCAAAGAAUGAGAGACUCCCCAACAAAGAGACAAUUACCUAACAGCAGCAACCACACGUGAGCCAUGGCCCACUGCACAACAGUGUAAUCUACGAUUAGAAGCGCCCAAACGACGCAAGUUGUGCUGGCUUUUGGCAAGGCUGAUGACUUUGUGGACGAGGGCAAAGCAUCCGUUGCUGUGGUUAAAUCGCUCAUGGAGUCUGCAAGAAUCACAAAGGCAGCGAUGUGUUUGGGAGCAGAAGAAAGUGCAACUGUGAGCGGAAGCAGAUGGUGUUGAGCGUGUGAUGCAGUCGAUUCCGAUUUUUUUUUUUUUUUUUUAAAUAAACAAGGUCAAAGCUAAAUGACCUGUCCCUUAAUCAUUUAAUCAAGAACAAGACAACUCCUACACUAUCUUGAGCUAUUGGGUUGUUUUUGCUUAUUAAUCUAUCAAGCACCACGCAGACUAUUUGAAGCCUCUCAAAUGAAAAAGCUAUUUUUACCGUUUGCCUUCUGCCUUAAAUUCUGGUUGUUGGAAUUAACAGCAUACAUGUGUUGUAAUUUACUCUUUCAUCUGGUGACUUUGAUGACUUUCCUUGUUGAUGAUGAGGUUUACUGCUCACCUCGAAAUGCAUGAUGCGUAAAUGACAAAAGAGCUUGAACUAGCUCAACAAUUGGCAAAACUGGUUACAAUUCGAAGCACAUAGUUGCAAUUCCUUUUGGAUUUCUUCAAAUUGAUUGAUUUCCCCUUUGAUGCUGCUCAAUAAUCAAUGCUGCAAUUUCCAUUCUUACCCACAGAGUGAGCAUUAAGGUAUAAAAAAAUAGCAUCACUAGGCCAAAUGUAACUGACUCCCAUCAUCAGUUAUUCAUUUUCUACUCUGCAGCACCACACGUUUAAAAAGGGAAGGUGACAUUGCUUUAUUGUUUUACUGAGAGCAAAUACCUGAAAUUCCGGCCAUAUGUGAAAAAAAAAAAA